AUGUUUGACAGCUCGCAGUAUCCCUACAACUGCUUCAAUUACGACGCCGACGGCUGCCCCGCCGGCAGCUCCGACGAAGACAAGAGGCUCACGCGGCCCGCUUACAGGCUCCGCAGCUACAUCGCCUUGAUCGCCAUGGCCAUUCAGCAGAGCCCCGCGGGGAGGGUGACCCUGUCCGGCAUCUACGACUUCAUCAUGCGCAAAUUCCCCUAUUACCGCGCCAACCAGCGCGCCUGGCAGAACUCCAUCCGCCACAACCUGUCCCUCAACAGCUGCUUCGUCAAGGUGCCGCGGUCCGAGGGCCACGGGAAGGGCAAAGGCAACUACUGGACGUUCGCGGGCGGCUGCGAGUCGCUGCUGGACCUCUUCGAGGACGGCAACUACCGGCGGCGGCGGCGGCGGCGCGGCCCCAAGCGCGAGGGGCCGAGGGGUCAGCGCGCGGGGGGCGCCCAGGAGCCGUCGGGUCCGCCCGAGCCCCCUUCCGCUCAGGAGCCCCUGGCCCCGGACAGCGCUGGCGAGGGCGCCCCGGGCCGUGAGCCCCCCGCCAGCCCCGGCCCCCCGGGGAAGGAGCACCCCCGGGAUCUCAAGUUCAGCAUCGACUACAUCCUGUCCUCCCCAGACCCCUUCCCUGGGCUCAAGCCUCCCUGCCUCGCACAAGAGGCAGAUACCCACGGCUGGAGAAACGUGGGCCUCCACUUUUGGACAAUGUGA